AUGGCGACACAAGGCCAACAGAAGCCACAGGUCCAGCCCUGUCGAUACAAGACUGGGAAGACGCUCGGCGCUGGCUCAUAUUCGGUGGUCAAGGAAUGCGUUCACAUAGACACAGGGAGAUACUAUGCUGCAAAAGUCAUCAACAAGCGGCUAAUGGCUGGCCGAGAGCAUAUGGUUCGCAAUGAAAUCGCUGUACUUAAGCGAGUCUCGGUGGGACAUCGCAACAUCUUGACCCUCGUCGACUAUUUCGAGACGAUGAACAAUUUGUAUCUCGUAACAGACCUUGCAUUGGGAGGAGAGCUCUUUGAUCGCAUUUGCAGAAAGGGCUCUUACUACGAAUCUGACGCGGCCGACCUGAUCCGCGCAACCUUGUCCGCAGUCGCCUACCUCCAUGACCACGGGAUCGUUCACCGAGAUCUGAAGCCCGAGAACUUACUGUUCCGGACACCGGAAGACAAUGCCGACCUUCUCAUAGCAGACUUUGGACUGUCAAGGAUCAUGGAUGAGGAGCAAUUCCACGUCCUGACCACAACAUGUGGCACGCCGGGCUAUAUGGCUCCAGAGAUCUUCAAAAAGACAGGUCACGGCAAGCCAGUUGACCUUUGGGCCAUUGGCGUGAUAACCUACUUCCUUCUCUGCGGUUACACACCCUUCGACCGCGAUUCCAACCUCGAGGAAAUGCAGGCAAUACUGGCAGCCGAUUACUCUUUCACACCGCACGAAUAUUGGCGGAAUGUGUCCGAGACGGCCAAAGAGUUUAUCAGGCGUUGCCUCACGAUCGAUCCGCGAGCACGCAUGACCGCGCAUCAAGCGCUGCAACAUCCUUGGAUCAAGACGGAUAUGGACGAGACUUCGCCGGUCAAAGGUCCUGGCGAUGGCCAAGAUCUGCUCCCGACGGUGAAGAAAAACUUUAAUGCAAGAAGGACGUUGCACAAGGCAAUCGACACGGUCCGAGCGAUCAACAAGCUACGGGAAGGAGGUGGGUUAAUGGCCGGACACAUGGACGGUGCUAUGAGUGUGGAUCCCAAGCCCAAGAUUGAAGACGUGAAUGGUAGUAAAGUCAUCAAUGCACAGGGGCAAACGGUCCAGGGCGAAGAGGCAAGAGGUCCGCAGCAAGGUGAUUCGGACGCCAUGGAGAUCGACUCCAGAGGUAACGGGCACGGGCAAACUGAGGAGCAGAUUCGACGGCAACAACAGAAGAUCCAAGAUACGGUAAGUGGUAUGUGGGGAAACCGGCAGGCCCGCCGGGGUGUCUAG